AUGUCCAAUAUCAUUCAUAAAAUGUCCGACAAAAUUACUGGCCACGGCCACGACGACGAAGAGCGUGAAUCUCAAGACAGAAACACCGGUUACGAGCAGCAGCAACAGCAGCGUGAUGAUGAUCGCAUGCCUUUGCCCUCGCAACAUAUGGGUUCAACCGAAUCUGGCACCUCUGGCCACGCCAUGCAAGGCAAGCGCGGUGGGUUUCGCCAACAGCAGCACGAUUUGGGCGGAGACACUUCGCAAUUCUCCAGUAACCGCUCCGAUCCCAUGCAUCAGCAGCAGAUGCCAGGGCCCAUGAUGGGCGGCGGCCAGGACGUUGGUGAAAACUGGGACGAAGGAGAAGACGAAGCAGACGAUGAGGGAAGAGGCACUCGUCGCAAGGACGACUACACUCGUCGUAGAGAUGAGUACGCCGACGAAUUCCAAAAACGCUACUGGUGA